CGUUAUUCCACCUGUCACCCACGCCGAUUCUACGGUAGCUAGCCUGCGAAAGUUUCACUCGUCUACUGGAAGGCCCCUCAGCUCACGGUUGUGUUGCAAACAUAUUGCCCGAGAACCUGGAGGGCUGUGGCACCAGCCGAGAGCAAUCCAGAUCCAACCACCACCACCGCCGCCUAAGCAACCAAGCCCAGCCUUAUAUCCCGCUCUGCUCGAGACCACUUGCAAACAUCAUAGCAACGCUACCUCUCCUCACGACCGUCUCAUUCCUCUCAUUUCCUCUCAACUCCCCACUGUGAUCACCCGCUUGUCAACCUUUCCCAUAACAACAAACUUCUCAACCGAACCCGGCUACCCACCUCUAGUCUAACCUCCCAUACUCCUGCCCCCUUUUCUUUCUCCCUCUGUCACCAACACGAACAGAGAGGGGCCCUCCUAGCCAACACCCACUUCUAGAAACAACGCCAACAAAACAAGCCAGCCCGGAGGAAAAAACCCCGAGAAAAAAGCAAACAACUGUUCGCGCACCCGGGGCAAGCGAGGCGUUGAACGUUCGCUCAACUACAACAAAAAGAAGUUCUACCAGCUUCCUCAUGGCCUCUCCGGAAUCGAAUCGCAUCGGGGGGGCUCGCCCCUCUGGGGCUGCUGGUGUGAAGGGUCUCCUGGCAAUGUUUGAAAACUCUGGUUCUGCUGGCCCUGCCAGUGGUAAUGCUUCACGCGAUAUCAGUCCUAGUCCUAAACCGUUGAGCAAAGUCAGGACCUCAUUCGUGGCGGUUACGGGAAGCAACGGUCAAAUGAUGGGGUUGCAGAGAAUAUCUGCUCCUCCUAGCCCAGUCGUUACUACAGAUGGAGGGAAGUUUACACCAGGUUUUCAGGAUAAGGAUAAGGUGGUUCAAGAAAAAUCAAUCAAGAAGGAGGAAGGUACUGAGCCAGCUAGCGGAGCUCCAAAGGCCGAAGAGCCUAAGAAACUCGGGACCAAAGCAGAUUUCACAAGAGAUAUUAAGAGGGAAAUCAUAGUUGAGCCGAAAGAAUCUGUUAAUGGAUUCUCUACGCCGAAACGAUCGCCUACCGUCCCGACUUCCGUGCCCGAAAAAGUUCAAAUCAAGAAGGACGCUGAAACCCCCCAGAAACCUCUUGAAACGAUACCCACAGAGGCGGGGGAAGAAAAGAAGGAUACAAAGCCGACGAAAGCCGAUACCUCCAAGCCAAGGCCCGCGGCCAUCAAAACCGGCCAUCCUCCCAAAUCCCCCAUGAAAUCAGGCUUCAACUCCCCGAGGUCGAACAGAGCCUCUGUAAAACCACCCACUUCGUCUGGUAAUACUCUCACUCUCCCCACAUCCAGAACCACCACCACUUCCCCAUUGCCCUCUCCAACUAUUCCUAGAAGCCCCGCUCGCGGUGCUUUAUCAACUACCGGUAGCGCGAAUAGUAGAAAACCCGCCUCCACCUCAAGGGCCUCUUCCAAGACUCGUUCGACUACUACUACAUCGAUAUCCAAUACACCCACCAGUUCUACUUUUAAUACAAACACCAACGAUGCAACUUUAUCGACAGCUUCCAAGACUCGGCAGCCAGCUACCUCUAACGCAAGGGCCUCCGCUCCACCUAAAACCGAGCAGAAACCUGUUCAGCCAAGGGAGCCAACCAAGCCGGCAGCCAUGCGUGGCUCAGCUUUUGGCCCUACCGCAGCUUCUGCAGCAAAGCUGGCGGCGGAUCAAGCCAAACAGCCCACAGCCCGUCGCCCUCCCUCUUCUACGUCCACCAUCCGUCGGACCUCUCCAAACAACAGACCACGUCGCCCAGAGUCUAAUUUGGGUACCCGCCCUACUGCGCGUCAGACUGCAAAGUCCCCAGUUAGACCAGCUACCUCUGCCGCCACCCGAAACAGCCGGACAAGUGCAGGAUCCACUGCUGGCGCUGCUCCAGUUGGCGGGGAUUUCCUGUCUCGCAUGAUGAGACCAACGACUGCAAGUGCUAGCAAGGUUACCGAUAAAAAGCAGAUACCAACUCAUCAACCACCAAGGAGGUCCGGCUCAGUGACUAGCACAAGCCGAAGAAAGGAGGCAUCUUCGCUUCCUCCGCCGAAAGUUCGAUUGCAAAAGGAAGAUACACAAUCCGAAGGUUCUGCCAUUGAGGAGUCUGCCACCCAAAACCCAACUAGGGCCGAGGGCCAAGUGAGGGUAGAGGUUGAGGCUUGCGCUGUGACCGCCCAUGAAGCAGCAGCCCCCGAGCCCAACCGGAUCACCGAGGCUGUCGAGGAGCCAAAAUCAAUUGCCAACGAACUUAGUGUCGACACAACUGCAAAAGAGAUCACCAAUACCAACACUCAGGGCUCUUCGGUUGCAGGAACUGAGGAGGAUGAAGGGCACACUCCUACCACCACUGCUUCGUCAUCCACCACCCUCGUACAUGAAGGCGACGAUCAAGAGGAGGUCACAACCAAAGAGGAGUGAGGAGCUGCCCGGCAACACUAACACCAAUGAGGAAUGGGUGGACAACGGCAGUUCCAACGCGAAGACUGCAAAUUAGUAAUAUUAUGGGAGGGCUUGCUUUAGCUCUAGUUUGAAGAAAACUUAGCAUUUGGUGUGGGAGGGGAGUGGAUGGGUUUCACCUUCAUUUCCUUGUUAUAUUCUUUUACAUACCUUUCCCUUAUUUUUAUUUUUUCCCUCCACUUUGAUACUCACGAUAGCAUGGGAAUUUGGAAUGAUCGGGGAUAGCAUGGGUUCAUUUUGCCUGCCUCACUCUUAAAACUUCUUGAUUUGUUGUUUCCAGCUUUCUCUUAGUCACUUUUAAGCACAUCAUAUGAUUACCAAAUUCCCGAAAUCCUCUCGUUUCCUAGUCAUUUUCUUUUGUAUUUUUUUUUUAUACCACUCGUGAUCUUCGUUCUUUUCACUGCAUCUUUUCGAAUUACGGCGCCUUGGGAUUAAGGUAGUUGGGUGCGCAUUCUUGAUUUUCCUCUCCUUUCCUCAUCCUCCACCUUCACCGCUCAGGCCAUUUCGGCGAAGUCAUUUUAACACACCGUCAUUAGCCUUUUAUUAUGUCUUUUCUCCAAGGGUAAAUUGGAAUCAUAACUCUUGUAAUGCCA